UGAGUUUCGUCAUCUCCAAAUCUCGACUCUUCAUUCUUGUCAUCGCUUCAGCUGCAUUCAAUUCCACGUCCACCAGUCCUCUGAUCUCCCAUAACCUCCUUCGUCUUCUUUUCAACCUUGCUGGAUGCCCCCUUUCAUCCCGUCGAAACGGCUCUCCUCAGAGGAACCUCCCCCUCCCAAACGCCAUGCCACCACUCCAGCUACAUCCCUCUCCUCCCUAACUCCCAUUUCCGACUCCUCGUUAACCCCCGUCCCUACCGGCAAUAACGAUUCUGGUAGCGAGGAACGGGACAAUGACAAGAAGGACCCCGAUUCUGAGGACUCCGGUUCUGAGGUCGAGUCCGAUGGCGCGGACUCCGAUGCAGUAGACUGGGAGGACGCUCUCCAACCCUCUGUUCCCGCCACUACCGUUGUCUCUCCGCAGGAGGAUCUCGAAUUGACCCUGGAUCGGGAUGAGGUGCACCUGGAAGACAUCCUCCAGGGCCAGAAAGCGCCUUCAAAGAUUGAACGCCAAAUCCGAAUCCAGAUCCACCGCAUGCAUGUCCAGUGUCUACUCGUGCACAAUGCCUUGCGAAACGACUGGGCUAACGAUUCCAAGUGUCAUGACAUUCUCCAAAAGAACCUACCGGUGGCGAUCCAGACGGAAGUUAAGAAAUGGCGUCGCGCAUCUGGUCUAGAGCCUGAAGAACCUCCCAAGGAGCCAUCUAAGCAGAAGAAAAGGCUAGGGAAGCAGAACCAGCGGAAGGCCAAGUCUCAGCAACGCGACUGGGGGGGAAGCUCAUCACGCCAGGAACCCGGGAAACCCGACCUGAGUAACGGUGAUCCCCUGAUUCACCUAAUGCGCAUCCUCGCCGCAUAUUGGAAGAAGAAAUUCAAGAUUACUGCCCCGGGACUUCGGAAAUACGGGUACAGGCCCAUGGCCCAACUACAGACUCAGAUAGCAUCCUUCAACCAAGAGACACAUGAUCCAGAACAGCAUGGAGAAAGGGUUGCCAGCGUGGAAGAGUUCCGUCAAGCGGCUGAACGUAUGGAAGGUUCGCGGGACCUUGGUGCUCAGCUCUUUACUGCACUCCUUCGCGCACUUGCCCUUGAAGCUCGCUUAGUUGCCAGUUUACAGCCUCUUGGGUUCGGAUGGACCAAGGCAGAUUCAUAUACUCCGUUAAAGUCGAACGAGGCUCCUAAGAAAACAUCACAAUCAACACCUCAUUCAGAUAUAGGCGAUAAUGAUCUAGCCAAUAGUGGCGAGGAGGAGACCCCUGCCUCGCGCAAAACAACUCCGCAUUAUGAUGAUGACCUCCCUUUCCCCAUUUACUGGACCGAGGUAGCAUCUCCAGUGACACACCAGAUUAUCGCAGUGGAUCCCCUGGUGCUUGCAAACCCCGUAGCAGCUACCCAAGAACUCCAAUCGGCUUGGGAGCCCCGGGGUUCUAAAGCGGAAAAGGCCAAACAAGUGAUCUGCUAUGUGGUAGCGUAUUCAUCCGACAGGACCGCUAAAGAGGUUACCACGCGGUAUCUCCGCCGAAGGACCUGGCCUGGCAAGACCAAGGGCUUUCGACUCGGAAAGAAAGGGACUGACGACGAAUCUUCGGACUGGUUUCGCGCUCUCCUCCGCGUCUACGCACGACCAGCCAAGGAACGCACAGCUGUCGACACUUUCGAAGACACCAAUGACCUAGUCCCCAACCAGCCCACAAAGAACAAGCCCACAACCGAUACUGUAGACACUUUACAAAGUCUGCGCACAUCCACCGAAUUCGUCCUCGAGCGAUUCCUCCGUCGCGAAGAAGCCCUUCGACCCGGCGCACAGCCCGUCCGCACCUUUAUCCCCGGCGGGAAAACCAAGACCACGGCCAAAGGCAAAGCAAAGCCACCCCCCAUUGACAAGGCCGAGAAUGUCUACCGUCGCGCCGACGUCGUGAAAUGCCAAUCCGCCGAGAGCUGGCACAAAGAAGGCCGUCAACCCCGAGCCAACCAAACGCCACUGAAACGCGUCCCCAUCCGGGCCGUGACUCUCCUCCGCAAGCGCGAAGUCGACGAACAAGCCCGUCUCACGGGCCAAAAACCCCUUCAGGGCCUGUACUCGCGCGAACAAACGGAGGAAAUCAUCCCACCCCCGAUCCGCGACGGCGCCAUCCCCAAAAACGAAUACGGCAACAUUGACUGCUUCGUUCCCCGCAUGGUCCCGCGCGGCGCCGUGCAUAUCCCCUGGCCCGGCACCGCGCGCGUAUGCAAAAGGCUCGGAAUCGACUACGCCGAAGCCGUGACCGGGUUUGAAUUCGGCUCGCAGAUGGCCGUGCCCGUGAUUGAGGGCGUCGUCGUGGCAGUCGAGCAUAAGGAUCUCGUCCAGGACGCCUGGCGCGCAGACCACGAGGAAAGGCUUCGGAAGGAACAGCGCAAAGCCGAGGCGCGCAUCCUGCAGACUUGGCGGAAGUUUCUCUUCGGGUUGCGUAUCGCCCAGCGCGUGCAGGAAGAGUAUACAGUCGAUGAAACCCAUUACCUACCUGAUCGCUAUAAUCCAUUUACGAGUCGUUCGGUUCAAGCGCAGACACAUCCGGUUGGUAUACUACAGGAAGAAGAAGAAGAAGGAGAGAAGCAGCAGCAGCAUACUGAUCACGGUGGAGGUUUUCUUCUCGGGGGCCACGACGCCGAUGACGGCGGCGGUCUUAUAGUGGAGGAGAAGCAGCCCCUUGUCGUCCGACAGGUUGCUCCGACGGUUCAAAUUGUCGAUUCUUCGUCUGAUUCCGCUGUUGAAGAGUCUGCCGAGGAGGUUUCGCCUCCUCCCCCUGCUAAGCGCAGACGCACUCGAAAUACGAAAUCGUUGUAGAUUUAUCCAUAUUGGUAGGGAGCUUAACUGGGAAAAUAAAACUUUUUUUUUUUUUAUACACCUGACGUCAAAAC